UUAUCUAGUCCUUUAACAAAUUUUAAUUCAAGUCUAUCCGAUAUAUUCAAUGCACUUGGUAUUGCUAAUUCAGUUAGUAAUAUUCGACGUUUUAAUUAUAUUGCAAAAGUUGUAGAAAUUUUAUUUAAAGAAAAAUUAAGUGAACUAAGUGGUAAUGCACAACGUUCAUUGUUUCAAAUUAUCGAUCGAAUGAUUGACAUCGUUCUUAAAACUGGAGAUAAUAUAUCAUUAAUGCAACGAUUAGUUACACAAUUUCAUAAUUCAAUUCAUUCCGCAUAUCCAUUUUAUUAUUAUAUUGGUUCAGCUGCUUUAUGGCGUCAACAUAUUGAUAUGUUAACACGAAUGAAAGAAACAAUAAAACAAAUUCAAUUAAAUAUAAUUAAACAAACUGAAGAUAAUAGUAAAUUAACAUUGAAUUGUCUUCCGAUUGAAAUGCAACGUGAAAUUAUUCGAAAAUUAGAUAAUGGUACAGAUAUAAUUAAUAUUGGAAUGAUUAAUUCAAAUUUAUAUCGAGUAACACAAGAAUUAUUAAUAUGGAAACAAUUAUGUAUUUAUCAUUUUGGAGAUGAAACACAGAAUAAUAAUAAUGAUAAUUCUUUAAUAGAAGAAAAAUUUCUUGAUUUAAUAAAACGACAACAGAAAGAUAUUGAUAUGGAUAAUAUUGAUUGGAAAAAUGUUUAUUUUAAAUUAAAAAAACGAUAUAAUCUUCGAGAAGUUUAUGCAGAAAUGAUUCAUCAAUGUCAAUUAUGUAAAAAUCUCUUUUGGCAGGAUUUUCAUCAUUCAUGUCCAUAUGAAACUCUUACACCAUUAUCAAAACCUGUUACUCCACGAAAACUUGUAAAUAUGUUAAUUUAA